CUCUGUAAAACCCGCCCCCUGGUUUUGGUAAGUGUAACAUUAGUUUUUCUGUCAGACUGACUGAGCACUUUAUCCUUGCAGAAGAGAGAAUCUAAAAACACACAGAACUGGACAGAACAUGAGUGUGUCUGAACCUGGACAAAAUCUGGAAGAUAUAGGGGAGUCUGAAUCUGGAGAAAAUCCCCAGGACACAGAAUCCAAACUGAAUGCUGUUGAACCACAGCCAGCAGGGGAGUCUGAAUCUGGAGAAAAUCCCCAGGACACAGAAUCCAAACUGAAUGCUGUUGAACCACAGCCAGCAGGAGAGCUUGGUCACAGUGAAAAUCAACAAAAGACCAGGGAGUCUGAAUCUGGAGAAAAUCUCCAGGACACAGAAUCAAAACAGAAUGACAGUCAGCCACAGCCAGCAGGAGAGCCUGGCCUUGGCCAAAAUCAACAAAAGAACAGGGAGUCUGAAUCUGGAGAAAAUCCCCAGGACACAGAAUCAAAACAGAAUGACAGUCAGCCACAGCCAGCAGGACUUAAGAACAAAGAAGGUGUGAAAUCCAGCUCCCAACAGUGUGAACAACAUGAACACAAAGGAAGUUUGACUGAGAUGGAAAGAUUUUACAAAGAGAAGCUUCAGGAGGCAAGAUUUGCUCUGAAACAAAAAGAGGAAGAACUGAAAUCAUUCAAAGACAGAGUGGCAGCAGACCUGUCUCUGUCAAUAAAGACAGGAGACACUGAGAGCAUGAACAACCCAGUCAGUAAAACCAAACUGACAGAGAUGUAUAACAAACUGAAACUGCUGCAGUGGCCUAAAAUCAAAGAUCAUCUGAAAUCUAAUGCUGUGAGCAGAGAGUUUACCAGAGAUCUGACUCAGAAAAUGUUUAAAGAUGCAGCAGAAGAAAUGGAGAGAAAGAAGAAGCAGAUAGAUGAAGUGUUUGGACUGAUUGAGAACAGCAGUGGACUAACACCUCAGAAGGUUAAAGAGUUCAGACAGUUAACAAUUCACAGUCUUCAGAUGAAUCUGUACCACAGCAGGAAAGAAGAUCUUCUUCAGAGUCCUUUCCUUGAUGAUGGAGCUCAGUACUCCCAGGAUGUGAUGGAGAACUUCAGACUUCUGGCCUCUGAAUGCUACUGGUUGGGUUGUUUGAUGGCUUUAAACAAUCCUCCUCUUCAGCCGGACUGGGAGAAUCAUGUUCCUGGGAUGGACGCCUGGGACAUUUUCCCACGAAACAUCAAGUCUGUUUAGAUCAUGAAGAGGAAGUUAAUUAAGAAUGAAGAAAAAAAUCACUUUAGAGUCUUAGUGUUUGUCAGGGAUCCAACACCUCCAAGGUUUCAUCCCAGGGUUUAAUCUUUGUUCCUAUUUUCUCUCCCUGCAUAUGCCUCCCUUGGUUCCUUAAUAAGUUGUUUUAAAUGCAUUUCUUAUCAUUGUUACAUGGGUGAUACACAGCUUUAUGUGUGUUAUCUUUAUGCUUUUUGUUACAGUAAUGUAAUGAGAGCUAAACAGGCUGCAGCUGCAGUGGUGGCAGUGGAUUGGGGUUUGGUGUGUGGGGGUGGGUGUCAGAGUUUUGUUUUCCAGUAGUACUGAUGACUGUGUUACUAUACAAUAAAUGCAGGCUCGUUGCUACAGGGGGUAUUAGGGAGCAGUGCCUUCACAACUGUUGCAUUAUUAGAUUCACAUUAUUUUUUUAUUAUUAGUAACAUUUUUGUACAGAAGACUGUCAUAUUCCCCUAUGACGGUAUACACUGCCCAGCCAAAAAAAAAAAAAAAAACCCUAUUACACUUUCUAAUAUUUUGUUGGACUGCCCUUAGCUUUGAUUACAACAUGCACUCAUCAUUGCAUUGUUUCAGUAAGCUUAUGUAAUGUCACAACAUUUAUUUCUGCCCAUAAUUGCACACAUUUUUUGCCAAGAUCUUGUAUUGAUGAUGGGAGAGUUGGACCACUCCGUAAAGUUUUCUCCAGCACAUCCCAAAGAUUCUCAAUAGGGUUAAGGUCUGGAGUCUGUGGUGGCCAACGCAUGUGUGAAAAUGAUGUCUCAUGGUAUCUGAACCACUCUUUCACAAUUGAGCCCAAUGAAUCCUAGCAUCGUCAUCUUGGAAUAUGCCCAUGCAGUUGAGGAAGAAAAAAUCUACUGAUGAAAAAAGCUGGUCAUUCAGUAUAUUCAGGUCAGCUUACCUCAUUUUAUGAUAUGGCACAAGGCAUGAUGGGUGCAUAUCUUCAUCUGCUUCUCUUGUUACCCUGAUGUGCCCAUCACUCUGAACAGAGUAAAUCUGGACUCAUCAGACUACAUGACCCUUCUUCCAUUGCUCCAGGGUCUGAUCUUUAUGCUCCAUCACUUUUCUUAAGGCUACACAGCUGUUUAGUCCCCAUCUUCUGGAAUCUCUUCACACCAUGUGUAUGGAAAUACUCUGACUUAAACAUAUCCAUGAUUUUCACUGUUGAUUUUUUAUGAUUUGAUUUCAUCAAAAGGUUAUGUAAUCUCCUAUCACAAUUAUUCAAGAUUUUUCCUGACCACAUUUCUUCCUCAGAGAUGAUGGCUCACAACUAUCCUUCCAAGUUUUAAUAAUGUGUUGGACAGUUAAAACUUAAAAGUUUUGUAGCUCCAGCAAUCUCCUUAGUUGUUUCCUUUGCUUGAUGCAGGUCUGUCUAAAACAGAGUAACAUCUUUUCUGCAACCACAGGAUAUAUAUCUUCCAACAUGGUUGUUGAGAAGUUAUGCACCACAUCAGUUCGGGUUAAAUGACUUGUUGCCAGCUGAAACUUAUUAAUCUCUGCAGUAAUUGUCCAAUGGAAGGCUCAUACCUAUUUGCUUAGUUAAAUCCAGGUGGUGACUUUUUUGGCUGGGCAUUGUACAUCACAUGUUGACAGCAAUAUAUGGUGUAAUGUCACCCAAACAAUAUGACCGAGUUAAGAAAUAUGCUAGUAGCAUCAGAUACAACAUAAAGCAAACCCUUAGACAGCAGCACUAAUAUAAACUUAUAAACAUCAUCAUCAAAAACUGAAACUUUAAAGUGUUGUAUUAGUAACAUUCUCUGAAAGCCUUCCACUUUGUACAGGCCUGUAAGGAUGAUUACCAGGAUGUGUUGUAAUCAUUUAUUUAGAAUAGACCUACUCCCUUCACAUUAUAUUUCACAUUAUAUUCUCGUUCUUAUCUGACAUCAAAACAGAGGGAGUCGUUUUGGAAAGCCACCAAAUAUUGAAGAGAUAACAACUGUAUGAACCACAUUUCAGUGGUGCCAAGUUUCUUGAGGCAUGGUGUCUUGUGUUUUGCUUUCUUCUGUGUGUGUUUAAAAAUACAUCAUCUCUGUUGUGUGUAAAGUUCUAUAUCAAUAAAGUUCAGCUGAGUUGUCUUUC